AGUCUCUCUCCGGUGGGAGCGGCGAUGCCCGCUCUGCUGCCCGCGGGCGGCUGGGAGAGGGCGGAGGGGCCGAGGACCCCACGCCGGAUUUGGGGGCAGCGGGGCCGCUCUCCCAGCCCCAGGACCCUGUCCCAGCCCCGGGACCGCCGCUUCCUCCCGGCCCCCCCCGGCAGCCGCAGGCGGGGAGGGAAGCGGAGGGGAGGGAGCAGCAGCACUCCUCAUCCCACGGCUUAUUUUUUCCGGUCGGUGCUGGAGAGGGGGAGGUGGGACAGCCCUCCCCUCCUCCUGCUGCAGCACAUGGGAAGCAAAAGUUUCUCUGCUGCUCCUCCUCCUCCUGGUCCCCCUCCGCCAGGUCCCCCCGGCCCGGACCCCGCCGCGGUUCGCAGCUGAAGGGGUUCGCAGCUGAAGGAUGCGGCGCGGCUCGAACGGCGUUGGGCUGCGCUGCGCUCCGCCGGGCGAUGAGGAGUAACCCGCUUUUGGAGCAUCUUCCGCUUCUCCGGGGGCUGGGGAAUAGUGAAGGCGAGACUUGGAUCGAAUCUUGCAGAGAGUAACCUGAGGGAUCUGUGGAUUUCUGGAGAAAAGGAGCUGUUUGGGGGGAGAAAAAAUAAUCAGAUGCUUUAGCAGCGCCGGGGAGGCAGCGCUGCAUCGCUUUGCUUCAGCCCCACCAUGGGCACGGGCAUGUGUUCCAGGAGGCAGAAGGGGCUCCUGCAGACCGGGUUUUGCCUGCUGGCAGUGGCGUGCCUGAGCUCGGGAGCUUUCCUGUACCACCACUUGCAGCAGAAGGUGAGGAGCGCCGAAGCCCUGGCCCAGAAAUACAAACAGCAGCAGGAAGCGCUGUCUGCCCAGCUCCAAGUUGUGUACGAGCACAGAUCCCGACUGGAGCGGUCCUUGCAGAAGGAGCGAGGGGAGCACAAAAAGACAAAGGAAGAUUUUUUAGUGUACAAAUUAGAAGCUCAGGAAGCUCUCAACAAAGAGAAGCAAGACUCUAUGAACAGAUACGGGGCCCUCAGUUCCCAGCACAAGAUCCUGAAGAACCAACACGAAGAUGUCAAGAAGCAGCUGAUUGACCUGCAGCUGCAGCACAACAGCUUGAAACUCGAACACCGUAAGACACUGGAGACCCAUAGCCAGAAGUAUGCCCAACUCCAGCAGGAGAAGGAUAGUGAAGUCACAAAUUUGCAGGAUACAGUCUUUAAACUCAGAGAAGAGAGCAAGCUUCUUCGCAAAGCCCACCAAGAAGUUCACUCUCAGCUGCUUAAUGCCCAGACCCAGAUGGAAGAGUUCAGGCAGCUCAAGGAAGCUCUGCAGAAGAUGCCAAGCUUCAAAGGAGGAGGAGCAGGAGGAGGAGGAGGGAAGGGGCAGCAGCAGCUCCAGGUGCUGAAGGAGCAGCCCCUGAAUCCAGGCAAUAGCCAGCUGCAGCUCAUGAGGCAGAAGGCUUUUCCAGUCAAUCCGGAGAAUCGCCCUGCAGGGAGCUCCCUGGCAUCGCAGGUCUCUGGGGCUCGGAAGCAGGCGGAUGGUGCUGUGCUGCGGGGCCAGAACUCCAACAGCAACGAUGGCCUCAGGUCCCAGGUGAACGUGCUCCUCACCCACCCGGCCCCGCUGCAAGACGCCAAUUCACCACCAGAGGCUCCGCCGGCCUGGCCAGCAGGACACGGGGACGGUCACAUCAUCCGAUUCACCCGAACCGUGAACAGCCUGCCAAAUGGAAACCCGGACAUGAAUAUGGUGAUGCGCAUUCAGGUGAGCAGCCAUGAGGAAAGCCAAGCUCCUGCAUUGUUACUGCCUGAUCUGAAACAACCUUCUGCAGUGGAGAAGCCCCAGGUGCCAGACAACCACCACUCAACAGGGAGCAAACCGCUGCAAAUGCAAAGCUGGAAGGACAUAGUCAGCAAAGUGAAUGCCCAGAUGGACGAUGCCCAAGUGCACAGUUACCCCAAGAGCCUUCACCUCAACCCCAGGCCUGGGCAAGAGACUCAGAAGGGCAGCUCACAGCCACCCGGUCAGAAGAGAAGGGCAGAGAAUCAAAUAGGUGAUCAGGAAGGCGAGAAGGAAAGGACAGAUAAUGAAGAGCUUGAAAUGGAUGCGGGAAUGAUUGAGAGGGAGACCUUGCAUUCUCAGAAAGAGGCUGCUGUUCAGGAGCCAAUGAUGCCAGAUGAUGCUGCAGAUCCUGCCCAGGAUCCCAAUAACCAAGGCGAGGAUGAGUUUGAGGAAGCUGAGCUGGAGAGACCUGACUUUGAAGAGAAGAUGGGAGGUUUGGAGAAGUUCAAGGAACCCAACACAAAACAAGAGUCUAAGGAGAAGCCACUGAAGGAUGCUGGCAGACCUGUCAAGCCCAGGGAGGAUCCAAUGGAUGAGUAUCAAGAAGAUCAGGAGCAAGAAAUUGAGGAUCAUGGCGGUGAGGUGGAUGACAACGAUGACCUCGAACUUGUCCAAGAGCAGAAGAACCAUGCAGGUAUCCAGGGAGCUGACGGCAAGAAGGAUGACUACUACUGAGAGAUGCUGAAGUAAGAUGGAUGCACUGGGAACGAGAGGACAGGAACUCCUCCCGGGAACUGGAUGCUGUACUAUGCACAGCCCAGAACAAAGGCAGGAGCAGAUGGCUGCCUUGGCAGGCACUGAGCGAGGUGUUUGCAGGUAUGCAUCACAUCUACGUGCGUGGGGCCAUCGCUGCCUCUCCGCUCAAUAGCAUGGAAGUGCCCUCAGACUGUCUGAAUGAUUUUAUACUGCUGCUUCUAAAAGAAGCACUUGUUGAUUUAUCAAGUUCUUUACCCUCUUGUUUUCUCCAUCCCCUCCCUGGAUGGAGAGUUUGUUUUUUCACUGCCUGGGCAGGGGAGGGGUGCAGGACUGCAAAAGGAGGGUGUCUGAGCUGGUCCCUGGUCUUAAUCAACUGAUCGCUAAUACAAAGGAAUCUGUCUUAUAAAAUAUUUUAUCUCAGUAGUGUUUCUUUAAAACGUCCUUUGCUCCCAUCAGGGCAGGGUGGAGAGGAAUGUAGUCUGCUCAUGCCUGGAGCAGUGUCAAGGCAAUGGCUGGCUAUGAGCACCAGAAGAAAGUACCACGUGGCAGCCAACACGCGGGUGUAUGUGCAGACAAACCAGGGCACCCUCUUCUCAGUGCAGAGACCCUUCCUUCUCUGUGGCCGGUUCUGCAGAGCUCUCUUUUCCUUGGCUGCCCUGCUGGGGUGAAGGAAGCACUUCACAGCACAGUGCCUGUGUUUGCUGGGAUACUCUUUGCUUCAUAUAACAUUUUGAUGGUGUGGGUACCCCUGAGUGAGACACAAACACGCAUCCAACAGCUUGUGGGUGAGCAUCACCAUAAAGCUCACAGGAGAGAUCUUUGUUCCCAGUUUGCAUUAGAAUUUAAUGCCUUAUUUUGGGGAGUAUUUUGUGGCGCUUCCAGACACUUGGGAAAACAACAUUUAUGUCCCAGUAAGUUUGGUCUUUUUCAUUCAGGCAAUGUUGAUUUUUCUUCCAGUGCUUCUAAUGGAGCUUGAAAUUAACAUGUCAGGGUUUUCUGGUUGUUCUGUUUUUAUUUUGCUUGGUUUUCUUUUUACCAGUGCAAAUCUACACAAGUCAAACUCUAGGGUAGUGUGGAGUAGCUCAUGUGGUUGGACUCUGCAUUGUGUGGAAGCAACAAGAACUCUGCUUUUCCUGCUGCUGCCCUUUCCCUAGAGCUGCAGUGUCAGGGCAGCUGGGGGUGCUGCUGGCUGUUAUGGGACUUUGGGGAAACAUCUCGUUGGGACCCCACCAACCUGAUAUGCUGCUUUCUGAAUCUGGGAGAACGUAGCUGUGCACUGACACUAGGAGAAGAGCCUCAGUGCAGCAGUUUGCAUCUGUGUUCCAAAACCACGUGAGAAAGCAGACCUCCUCACAGGAGGACGUGAGGCUUUUGGCAGGACGUCAGCUGAGAGCUCCUGGCUGCCGAGCUUUUUCUGCACCCACACCUGGGCACUCUCAAUUAAAAGCCUCGGUGCUCACAGACCUUCAGAGAAGACAAAUGCUGCUUCAGGGCCUUGAUGCUCGUGGUACAGGUUGGUAUCUCAGCUGGAGGUUGUUCAGGGGCUCCAGGACAAGGUCUGUUGUUAGCCCAGGGCCAUAGCUGCUCACAUAACUCACUGAGUUCACUGCAGAGCUGAAACGAGGCGUGAGAUACCCAAAGUGACCUGAAAUGAUUAACACCGUGUUGGCGCUUUAUACUGCCAACCUUGCUGUAUGACGCAGUGCUGCUCAGCCCCCACCAUCUGCUAUAAAUAGCACCUCAGGAUGCAUUAGCUGGAACUGCUGCUACGUGUUCGGAUGCAUCCUCAUCAGAAAUGCCCCCAGUUCUCAGCUGGGCAGGCAGAAUGUCAUCGUUUCACAAUGGCCAACACGGUACAUGGCAAGAAUUUCAAGUCUGCGUGCCCAAGCUGCCCCAGUAAGAUCUGCAGUGCAGCUGUCUGCUGAGCUACACGCACCCCUAUUCCAUGCUUCUCCUAGCCCGUGGCUGUCAGUGCAGAGGUUUGGACCUCACUGCAAGUGAAUCAAAUGCUGGAAAUAGAACCCUGAUGGAGUGAGACCACGUGCUGAGUCAGAGGCUGCAGGAGAUUGCAACAUUAGGAAGCAAGCUCUCUGCUUAUGCGUGUCUGGGAUGAGUAAUCCUCGAAGCUGACUCCGAGGGAACUAUAGCAACUCAUCCUAAAUGUAAAGCUCCCUGCUAGGAGAACGCUUUAGUAACCAUAUGUUGCACGCUGCUCUGAGCCGAGAGCUGAGCAUCUCUGCUCCAGGGACUGUCUGCCACGGCUGUGUGCAAGGCUAAAAUCGGUGCAGUGCUGCAUGAAUUGUUAGCUGGGGGUGGUGAGUGCUUCCAUGCCCGGCUUCUAGCAAGUUGCCACCAUUUUAGUACAAGUUCAGGGCUUCCUGUAACAGGAGACAAUAAACCUGGUAGGGGAGAGCCAGAAAAGCAACAAACCUGUGAUGUUAGGUCUGUCUGAAAGCCAGUAAAGCACCACGGGCUGUUAUUGAUUUUGAUACGCUGCCUGGAGCUCGCUGCUUAGAGCAAACGACAGCGUUUGCCCAAGUGGUAAACUGUUGAAGCAGUGUCUGAGAAGUCCUGGCUGGCUUCUAUUGCAGACUGGGGCACGGAGGAAGGUCUGAGGAACAGCUGAGAAAGCAAACAACCAGACGAAGGACUCACAUGAGAAGAACUCAAUGUGUUUCAAAUCAUGAGCAAGCACCAUCACAGGCUGGUGCCGCAUCCAAUUGAUCAGUGGGACAAUGAUAGCUCUGCAGUGCCAUCUGCUAUUGACGGGAGCUAGAGCUGCGCGGGGCUCAAGGAGGCAAAGCUGCCUUGGUUUGGCUCCAUGCGUCUCCUGAACACCCGCACACUUCUCAGGCAGAGCUGCCCGGGCUUCAUCUGAGCAUCCCAGCCAGAGCUUCCCAGGUAAGGUUUCCUCAUCCACUGAGAAGUGCCUUUGCUGCACAGCAGCUCCUUGCCUUCUGCAGCACCAAGCGUCCGCUGAGGCAAGCAGCCAGCGCUGUCGCUGUCCUUUUCUCGGCCGAUCCUAAUUUUAAGGGUAACAAAAGAGAUCUCCAACGGCUUUCGGUAGGGCGGCAGAAAGCAAACCUUGAAUUUGGCUUAGAAAACAGACGUGGAAAUGAGUGAUGAAAUAAUAUUUGGUAUUGUAAAAUUGUUUGAAGAGAGAGAGACGUAUUUUAAGAAACGGCCUUGAAAAGGCAAGUCUUCCAGCCAGGAAGAGGUGUCUCCCAAUGAGACCACUUGGGCACGCUGCUGUUCAAUGCACCUAAACCAAAACGAUUUUAACGAGUUCCACAUUGCUGCAAGUGACACUGAAUAUGUUCUAAAAACAGCUUCUCCAAGUCCAAGGUGUAUGGUUUUUGUGUUUGGACACGGCUGUGAAAUAAAAAUAGCCUUCAGAAUCUGGCUGAUUUAAAACUUUAUAGAAGACAAUAAACACAUGUAAUGAAAA